AUGGCACUCCUUAUCACCGCCUUUGUAACUUUGUUUGCAGGCCACGCACUUGGAGCCAACAUCACCUUCUCCGACACGGUUGACUGCGAGGGGAUUGCGACAUAUGGAGGAAAGAACUGGACGUCCGUUCCAUGUUAUGCGCUCCCCGACGAAAGCGAGUCUCUGUCGGCAUUGCUCAGCGGAGUCGAGGGAGCACAAGUCCAGAUCUAUGCGGACAGUGACUGCAGCUCCGAGCUACUUAGCACCAAACAGGACGUAUGCUAUACGGCCCCCAGCCGCAUUGGAGCAUUCAAGAUCUCACCGGUCGAAGAUACCACCCAAGGAAACUACACGAAGGAUUUGGCAAUCAUCCACCCCAAGCUUUCCAACUACACUGGUCUAGCAGUCGCGCCAUACGACAUUGACAAUAUCUUUGUCGAGGCAUUCAUUGCUCUAGGGCUCAGGGGCACCAUCGAGGUGCUUACGUUCGCAGCGGCCGUCGUAGAUUGCGUGAGUGCGGCCAUAAGCACUGUCGCAGGCAAGCCCGAACCCGUCGCAGUUUCGGCCUGUGUGCUGGUAGGCACCGCGAGCCUCUUAUCCAUUGCAACGCGUUUUUACGAGAACAAUGUUGGGGCAAGGAUUCGCGCUGCAUUCCGGGGCUCGACGGGCCAAAUCACGAACACUGCAGAGCGUCGCGAUGUUCAUUUUCUCGAUGCUCCUCCGAUUGGGUAUGCCACUCGCGAACUCUCUGGCGGUGUGAAUGUCACUGCCCCCGUCUAUGAGAGCGGGUUUGGAGACGUCGGCAAGUGGCAUUACGCAAUGUUCGAAGACCCUGUCACCGGAACACAUCACCACCACAUCAUCCACGAGAACGGAUCGCCUUUCAAUAAAAACGACAGCGACGCAACGCUCGCCAAGCGCCGAUACGCAAUCGAUUCAGUGAGAUGGCCUUCGGGUGGCUUUUAUCUCCAACUGUGUCCCGUGAAUGUAGGCGCGGCGUUUAGUGGUCUUUCCAACUCGACGGUGGACAACUACAACCUAUUCUACGACCAACUGGAUUGUUACUUCGCCAAUAACUUUGACGACUCGAUCACCAAGAUCGACGCCGAUCUGUACAACAACGUCGGCACGCUGAUUGCGGAGUAUGGUCUGGUGCCCUACAAGACGUACGUGGACGUUCCGUCGUGCCCGAAGAAAAUCCUCACGGCGGACGAGGAUUGCAUCAUCGAGUGA